AUGUAUGCUUUUAUUACAAUGAAAAUUUUGCAGGGAUUACGAACAGUUGAUGAUAAACCAUAUGAGGAAAACAAAUGUGAUGAUGAAGCUUUGCUUGAUGAAUUAUCACGUCGUGAAUUUACGGUAUUUGUGUUGUCGGAAGUUGGCAAACCAAUCUUUGCAUCGUGUGGGCAUGAAGAGCAAUUAUGUUCAGUUAUUGCACUCAUUCAAACAUUUGUUAUGGUUGUUACUUCAUGGAAUGAUAGUCUUAAACGAAUUCGUUCGGCUCAUAUGCAGAUUUCUUUCUCCUAUCGAAGUCCACUUAUUUUAUGUAUUGUUUCACGUGACGGGUUUCAGCUGGAUGCUCAGGUGGAUCUUGUUUAUAAACAGAUGCUUUCAAUAAUUUGUCGUGACCAACUGAUUUCGAUUUUUCAAACUAAAGGAGCUAAUUUUGAUCUUCGAUUUAUGCUCAAAGGCACAGACAGACAUUUAAAUGCCAUAGUGUGCGGUUAUAGGAAUGAUAUAGCAGUGUUCAUGCGUUCAAUUCGGAUAUUUCCUAUGACUUUUGCAGAUAGGGAACAAUUCACAAGUGCAAUUAUAUCAGCAGUUAAAAAUAUUGUAUAUGGAUUGGUUAUAGCUAACCGGCAGCUUAUCACGGUAGUUCGAAUGAAAGGUAUUACAUUAAAUCCAUGCGAUUUGCAUCUUCUUAUCAAUCUUAUUGAUUGUAAUCCGUCGUUAAAGAAUGCCGAUAAUUGGAUACCUAUAUGCUUACCACAGUUUAAUGAUACGGGAUACCUUUAUGCUUAUGUUUCUUUUAUCUGGGAGAACAGUAGUGCGUGCUUGAUGCUAUUAUCUCUGGAACGCGGCGCGUUUGAGACACUUCGUGGUGUGAAAGAUAUGAUUAUUACUAAGUUACGUUCAUCGAAGCUACAUGCUUCAUUAAAGAAUGCUGUGGCGAAUCCUUCUUUUUUCGAUAUUCAAACGGAUGUUCCUUCGGAUUUAUGGCAUUUUACGUACAAAAAUCGAUGCUCAAGCCAAAUAUGUUGUUCACAACAUUCAUUGCCAUUUAUCAAUAAAAGUGAACGUUGGAAAUUGCAAGAAUAUUAUAAAAAAAUGUUUGGUUAUUCGAUGCGAACACCUAAUCUGAGACACUUAUUCGUUACAAGGCCCGAAUGUUGUUUACUGUCGAGUGUUACCUCGAAUUACGAACUGCACUGCGUAUUAAGCCCAUUUGUAACGCGUGCAUCAGCAAGUGCACAUGUCGAUCGUCUUUUGAAAAUGCUUAAAAAAGAAGAAUCGAAAUUUUUUACUACUGCUUCUGUGUGUUUCUAG